AUGGAGUUCAUACGCUGUGUCUCGCGGUUGAGACUUCCAAGGAGAUACUUGGUGAAGACUCCUCUGUUGCAAAAACAUCACCGCCAUGUGCGCUUUAAUUCGACCGAGUCCCCAGUUCCUCCAAGCAUCGUGCUCCGGGACUACCAGGAGGAAAGCAUUCAAUCCGUCUUGAAGUAUUUGGGUGAAGGCCAUCGCCGCCUAGGAAUUUCGCUUGCAACAGGAGCUGGCAAGACAGUCAUAUUCACGCAGCUUAUCAGCCGAAUCCCUCCUCGCGAUGCGAAAGCCACCAAGACCAUGAUCAUCGUCCAUCGGCGCGAACUCGUCGAACAAGCCGCAAAACACUGCAGUCUCGCGUAUCCAGAUAAGACUGUCGAAAUAGAAAUGGGCAAGAAUGUUGCGACGGGAGCAGGGGACAUUAUCAUCGCGUCAGUUCAGACACUAGCCCGGGGACGCAUAUACAAGUUCGACCCGAGUGCAUUCAAGCUUGUGUUGGUGGAUGAGGCUCAUCAUAUCGUUGCCAAAUCAUACCGUGAAGCGCUGGGGCAUUUUGGGCUGAACGAGCCAUCUGCCGAUGGACCGGUCUUGGUGGGUGUUUCCGCCACUUUUUCACGGUUCGAUGGUCUCAAACUGGGCGCUGCCAUCGACCAUAUUGUCUAUCACAAGGACUACGUGGACAUGAUUGGUGAGAACUGGUUGGCCAAUGCGGUCUUCACGACUGUCAAGUCCGGUGCCAAUUUGUCCAAAGUCAAGAAAGAUAGUUUCGGAGACUUUGCCCUGGGAUCGCUUUCCGAGGCGGUGAAUACUACAUCUACGAAUAACAUCACAGUCCGGGCAUGGAUGGCGAGUGCUGAGAAUCGAAAGUCGACUCUUGUAUUUUGUGUCGAUGUCGAGCACGCGCGGCAGCUUACCGCCGCUUUUCGCGACCAUGGCGUCGAUGCCAGGUAUAUCACAGCUAGCACGGCCAAAGGCGUCCGCUCGGAGCAGCUACGGGCUUUUAAAAAUCAAGAAUUCCCAGUGUUGCUAAAUUGUGGUCUUUUCACAGAAGGCACGGACAUCCCAAAUAUCGACUGCGUGCUCCUAGCUCGACCCACCAGAUCUCGAAACCUGCUCAUUCAAAUGAUCGGGCGUGGGCUUCGGCUCUUUCCCGGGAAAAAGGACUGCCAUGUUAUUGACAUGGUAGCCUCGCUAGCAACUGGAGUUCUAUCAACACCGACGUUGUUCGGCUUGGACCCAGACGAAGUUUUGGAUAAUUCCAGCGUGGAAGAUAUGAAGAAGAAUGAUGAUCAGGGUAGCCAACCAGAGCCCACCCCUGAGGCCGAUGAACCAUAUGAUGGCGCAGACAACGACUUGAAACUCCAAUUUACAACUUAUGACAGUAUAUACGAUCUCCUAGGAGACAUGCAGUCCGAGCGACACAUCAGGUCGUUCAGUCCACAUAACUGGGUCCGAGUCGGCGAUGACAGAUAUAUGCUUACCGAUAUAUCUGGCUGGAUAACGAUUGAAAAAGGGGACAAUAUCUUCACGGCUCAUCAUGUUAUGAAAUUCAAAAACCCAGAAAAUGAGGCACCUCAAUUCACACGUCCUCGGAAGAUCGCCACUGGCUCGGAUUUGGAAAGCAUUGUCCGGGCAGCGGAUACCUUUGCGAGUACCAAGUUUGAUGAACAUUACAUCGCAUCCUGGAAACCUUGGCGACGGGCCCAAGCAACACCGGGACAAAUCAAAAUGCUGAACGGAGCUCGUAUUCGAGAUGGCAAUGUGAAGCCGGAGGACUUGACUCGCGGGCAAGCCGCUGAUAUGAUUACAAAGCUGAAGCAUGGAGGCAAGAAGCGCUUCAAGGACUUGGAGGUUCAGAAGCGGAAAAAGCUACGGCAAGUGGAUAACAUGGCUGAGCUGCAAAGAAGGGUUGAUGUCAAGGUCGGCCCAGUCGAGGCUUGA